AUGAGACACAACAAAACAUUUCUACGAUUUGCCAAGCUUGCCGCUGGUAUAGCAAGGAACUUUGCGAGAUUUGAUCUUCCGAAGAAUGCUGCUAUUCCCGCAAACAAACGGGUUAUUGUGGUUUCCAAUCAUCGAAGCUUCUUCGAUGUCAUGGCUGCCUUCACCUGUUUUUCCAAACUUGGGUAUUCUUGCCGCACCAUGGUGUUCACUGGCUAUAUGCGGCAUUGGUCCCCGCUGGCCAAGGCUCUUGGUGGCAUCCCAACGUGUAAAGAGAGGAGACAACAAGCCGAAGAUGACGCGGUUGAGGCUCUCGAACAGGGCGAGAUUGUCGCCAUGAUGCCGGAGGGGAGAUUGGUUGACAAAGUAGAAUGGCGAAAGGAUGGCGUGGGGCAGUUCCGUUUGGGCAUUUCAAGGAUUGCAACAAGAGGAAACGCUACGGUUGUCCCCAUGGUGAUGACCGGAACAGAAUCCGUUUGGCCCAAGGGUAGUUGGCUCCCGAGGUUUUCUUGUCUCUUGGAGCCCCCAUUGAUCCGCAUUCGUUUCGGCGAACCAUUCGAGCUAGACGAGGAGCAAGACCACACCAGCAACGCUGCUUUCGCUGCACACCGAGUUGCUCAGGAGAUCCGCCGAGCUGAAGAAGAAGAGUCCGUCGAUCUGCUGCGAAGAGUCUGA